AAAGCAUGUUAGGUUGUGAGUCGCCCCGCCCCUUCAGCUCUUUGUGGUCGAGGCUACUUUUGUGCGUGUGACCGGUUUUUAAAGGAAUAUUUAUAGUCCGUUAAGAUGCAAGGAAACCGAGGAGGUCGUCCCGAUCAGCAUAAUCACGGCCCGGUGAGGCAGCAGCUGAACCCGCAGCAUGACAGGAAGCCUCCAGGAAUGGACAGCAACGGGCAGCACACGGAUGUCGGAGAACAACAGAGCCCGAAUGCUGGUCUGACCAUUGACCUGACGAGCUUUAAGAAGCCCGGGGAGAAGACGUACACGCAGCGCAGCCGGCUGUUUGUGGGCAACCUGCCUGCUGGCACCUCUGAAGAGGAAGUGGAGAAGCUCUUCUCCAAAUAUGGCAAACCCUCUGAGAUCUUUAUCAACAAGGACCGAGGUUUUGGGUUCAUCCGCCUGGAAACUAAGACCCUCGCGGACAUCGCCAAAGCUGAGCUGGAUGACACAAUGUUCCGUGGCCGUCCGAUCCGCGUGCGCUUUGCCACUCAUGGUGCUGCGCUCUCUGUGAAGAACCUGCCUCAGUUUGUAUCCAAUGAGCUGCUGGAGGAGUCCUUCUCCAUGUUCGGCCCCAUCGAGCGCGCCAUUGUGAUUGUGGACGACCGUGGCCGGCCCACAGGGAAGGGCAUCGUGGAGUUCGCCAACAAACCUUCAGCCCGGAAAGCCCUGGACCGCUGCACUGAUGGAGCUUUCCUCCUUACAUCGUUUCCUCGGCCCGUGACAGUGGAACCGAUGGAGCAGUUGGAUGAAGAUGAAGGACUUCCAGAGAGGCUCGUCAGCAAAAACCCACAGUACCACAAGGAGCGUGAGCAGCCCCCGCGCUUCGCCCAGCCCGGCUCGUUCGAGUACGAGUAUGCUAUGCGCUGGAAGGCUCUCAUGGAGAUGGAGAAGCAGCAGUUUGAGCAGGUGGACAGGAACAUCAAGGAGGCGCAGGAGAAACUGGAGCAGGAGAUGGAGGCAGCCAGGCACGAGCAUCAGGUCAUGCUCAUGAGACAGGAUCUGUUGAGGAGGCAGGAGGAGCUGAGGCGUAUGGAGGAGGCGCACAACCAAGAGGUGCAGAAGAGGAAGCAGCUGGAGCUGCGUCAGGAGGAGGAGCGGCGCCGCAGGGACGAGGAGAUCAGAGCUCACACCGAGGAGCUGAUGAGGAGACAGCAGGGCACUGGAGCAAACUUUGGCGAAAAGAGGGAGCAGGACAUGAGGAUGCACAUGGGAGGUCAAGGCCUUCCCAUGAACAGGACCUCAAUGGGAGGAAACCCUGCACCAGGAGGAUCACCCAACAUGGCUGCCAAUGAGGGUACUGGAGGAAAUGCAGGUGGACUUCCUCUGCCGUUUCCACGUCCUGGCCCACCUGUUGACUACAAACGGCGCAGAUUCUGAGAGCCCAGGACGCGCACUUCUCUCAAGGUUUUUUUUUUUUUUGUCAUUGUUUUUUUUUUUUAAACACAUGCAUACUGUACAAUAUUUUUAAGUCCAACUCAUGAAUUUGCUAGUUUCAUCAAACACAUUUUAAAACUGUGCAAAGUUUCUUUUAAGCUUAGACAAAGUCCUUGGUAUGAUUUUUCUCUUGAAGAUUUAUUGUGUUGUACCCUUCAUGGGGUUUUGUAUAGAGCUUUUGUUUUUCCAUAUUAAUGUGAUAUCCCUUCUCUUUUUUUUUUUUUUUUUUCCCCUUCAAAUUUCGUAUUUCAUCCCAUGUACUUUUUUAUAUAGACAUAGUGAAUUCAUUUUUGUCUGAAAUACCUGCAUUUAUAAAACGGCUCACAAUAAAAAGUCCGGGAUUCAGUGUUGUAUUGAGCUUGGUCCUGGUCUUUUUGUUAUUUUAAGAAAAGUGCUUUAGUUCCUCCUAAACCCAAAUUAAGUCACUCAGCCAGGGCAUGUUUGGUGUCAGAAUUUUUUUUUUUUUAUUUGAAAAUUGAAACAAUUUGAAUUAAGGUUUUUUUUUUUUAAGACAGACUUUGGCAUUGUCCUGGAUCUUGGAAAAACUGACCUUGUUGAAGUAGCAUGCAAUAUGUUCGUGGGUUGUUUUUUUUUUUCCCCUUCUUUUCAUGAUUUUAAUAUUUAAAAUAACACCAUUAUAUUAAGGAAAAUCCCUUUAUAUUACAGAUUAAAAACCUUAUUUAGGCCUUGGGGACACUUA